AUGGAAACCCCAAAAAAUCUCCUCCUCAUCCUCCACUACAUCCGCCGUUUCAUCUCCCGCCUCCUCAGCUUAGUCUCCCUAAAAGACAUUGUACUCUCUCUCCUCCUCCUCCUAUGCGGGCUGUCUUCCCUCACCGUCCAGCUUUCUGGCAGCACUACCUCUAUCCACCUGUGGGGACCUCGCCGGCGCCGCCACUCCCGCCCCGCCCUCGUCCUCCUUCAUGGAUUUGGCGGCUUCGCCAAGUGGCAGUUCGAGCGCCAAAUUGCGCCGCUUUCUCGUCACUUCGACCUCUACUUGCCGGACCUCGUCUUCUUCGGCCAGUCAGUGUCGGCGGAAGGGAAACGUUCGGUGAAGUUUCAAGCCGAGUGUGUGGCCGAGGCAAUGAGGAAGCUUGGAGUGGGGAAGUAUACGGUGGCGGGGGUGAGUUAUGGAGGCUUUGUGGCGUUUUGUAUGGCAGCGGCGGCGGCAGAGAGGGAGGUGGAGAGGGUGGUGGUGAUUGCAUCGGGGGUGGCCACCUCGGCGAAGGAGAGGAAGGAGUUGGCAGAGAAGGAGGGGAGAGAAGUGGCUGAGUUAUUGCUGCCAGAGAGAGUCGAGGAUCUGAGAAACUUAUUUCGCCGGUGUAUGUUCAGACCGCCGACUUGGUUGCCCGAUUUUCUCCUUCGUGAUUUCCUUGAGAUAAUGUUCAAAGAUCAUAGGAAGGAGAGGACAGAGUUGCUGAAUGAACUUCUAUCAGAUGGAGUUGGUCGGGGCGCUCUUCCUAUUCCCAAGCAGGUAACUAAAUCCUUUAAGCGUCUCUCUUCCAGUUGA